AUGACAUGCUCAAGUGAGAGUAAUCACCGAGCUGUUAACAAUAUCGAUAAGAAACGGGCGGCUUGUACAACAUUUGUAUGGGGUCUCGAUCAAAGUAGUCAAAUUCGUACAGUUGUUGUCGACGUCUGUUGCAAACUUUCUCGUUGUUGCUUUGCUUGUGAUAAAUUUCUCGUUGGGCUAUUCUUUUGUUCAAAUUCAUGUUGGAAAAUCGGCAACGCUUUUGUUACUUUCUCGUAG